AGGAAAACCCGAUAGAUCACACUACCUGCUUUCUCCAGGGACCAGGACUGUCUUCUUCUUCCCACACGGCUACCAUGUGGGCCAAGGUCAUCGCCAUCUUUCUUCUUUUGCUCCAACUCGCGCUGUUGUCCUCCUCCAAUUCCAUGGUGUUCGAGCUCCGCGGCAACGUCUAUCCUAUUGGCCAGUUCUUCGUUACCAUGAGAAUCGGGGAGCCGGCAAAGCCCUACUUCCUCCAUGUUGACACCGGUAGCGGCCUCACGUGGCUGGAGUGCGACGCCCCUCGCCAGAGCUUCCACAAGGUGCCACAUGAGGUGUACAGACCACGAUCGAGCAACCGGGUGCCAUGCGAGGACGAGCGUUGUGCCAUGAUGCACAAGGACCUGGACACCGUGCACGACUGCACGGUGCAUCCAAACCAAUGCGACUACGAUAUAGUAAGUUACAAGGACGGCUACUCAUCCAUGGGCGUGCUCUUAGCCGACAAGUUCUCCCUCCCCAUGCGCAACGACCGCCCCAACCUUGCCUUCGGCUGCGGAUAUGACCAGCAAGGUGAAAAAGAAGAGCUGGAGGUGGACGGCAUCCUCGGGAUCGGUAGGGGAACGGGAGACCUCGUCUCACAGCUCAAGCAACAAGGGUUGAUCACCGAGAAUGUGGUUGGCCAUUGCCUCAGCAGCCAUGGAGGGGGCUACCUCUUCUUUGGGGGCGACGUGCCCUCUACUGGUGUAACCUGGCUUCCCAUGGUUCAAGAGUACACGAUUUACUACUCACCUGGCAAAGUAACAUGGAACCUCGACGUACUACUGAAAUACGAGUUAAGCAAAACGCCGAGGGUUGCUGUCUUUGACAGUGGUAGCGCCUACUCGUAUGUGCAUAUGGACACAUACGAGCAGCUUAUUCAGGCGGUGGAUGUCACUCUCCAGGACUCAACACUUCAGAAGGUGUCUAACGAUCCUGAACUGACUCAAUGCUGGAGAUACAACGAACCAAUCAAAUCUGUCGACGAUGUCAAGCAUGAAUUCGAACCACUUCAAUUGACCUUUACCUAUGGCGCUAGCCAGGUCACUCUGGACAUCCCUCCUGAAAAUUAUGUUGUUGUCACGGAAAGAGGAAAUGUGUGCUUGGGCAUCCGUAAUGGUUCAGAACACGGGAUGGGGGAAUUGAACAUAAUUGGAGACAUUACAAUGCAGAAUCAUCUCGUGGCAUAUGACAAUGAGAGAGCGCGAAUCGGAUGGGUUCGUGCAUCAUGCGAUAUAAUGCCGGGGUCUGCACCUAUCAUCGCUUCGCGUCUCUAAAGGGUGUGUUUGGUUUGCAGAAUAAGUUUAAGUUGUAGUAGGUAUCCUCAACCAUAUGGCUAAGGAUACUGACAUUUUCUGUUUGG